CGAAACUAUGCGGUCGCCGUACGAAGAUAGCGCUGCCGUGUCAACGGAUAAUAAGUAUCAGCAAGCAAGCAGCUACAGCUACAGCAGCUUCAAUGGCACUAAUAACAAUAAUUACCAUACCAAUUUUAAUGGCAACGGUAAUGUGAAUGGUAAUGGUAAUGGUAAUGGUAUACCCUAUCACGCGCGCGAAAACUCAUUGCCCUUUAGCUAUGGCAUUGCCAAAACGGCAACUCCGCUGCGCAAAACGCCAACGCCAACGCGGCUCGACAGUUUCCUCGACGCCGACUUCGGACUGAGCAGCAGCAGCACUGGCGGCAGCGGCAGCGGCAGCGUCGGCGUCAGCCAUAAUGUCAGCAAUACCUAUAAUAAUCAUCAUCAUCACAAUAACAACAACAAUAAUAGUGGCAGUGAUAUGAUAAAGCCGCAGCCACGUUUAACCAGCCCUUUGCUGGUCCGCAAAACGUUGGCCAACAAUUCGAAUGCGAAUCCGAAUUCGAACUCGAAUACCAUAUCGAAUACAUAUCAUUAUGGGUCAGCGCCACGCGCCGAUUUCGAGCAGCUGCUGCGCGAUCGACGCGACAAAGUCUACGGCGAGUAUCGCGAUCGUGAAAAGGAGCGUGAAAAGGAACGUGCUUCGGCACGUGUGCCGCCAAUGCCACCCCAACGCCGACUGAGCCACAACAACAACAACAGCAACAACAAAUACAAUUACGAUUUUGAGUUUAAUCUUAAUUUGAAUGAUUUGAAUGAGCGCAGCUCGCUGCCAGCACCAGCACCAGUUCCAGCUCCAGCUCCAUAUACAACCCGAAAUAUUGAGUACAGACGCGAUGUGGAUUUCGAUGUGGAUGAGCCCGAUGGCAGCGCCCUUCUUGGUCGUCGUCACAUGGAGUCCACAUUUGUGGAACGCAAUUAUCACACAAUUAACAGCAAGAGCCACAGUUUGGAACGCACACCAAUGCAGCUGACAUACAAACAGCAGCAGCAUCAAACGAUGGAGCCACUGUUGAUGCCACAGUUGGAGCAGCACCAUCAGCAGCAGCAGCAGCAACAGCAGCAGCUUGCUCACAUUUAUGGCCAGAACCACACGCGCAGCCGUCGCGAUUUGUCGCCCAUUUAUGCCAUCAGCGCAAAGCGCGCUCCAAAUACUCCAAAUGGACAACAAUUGCAACUGCAACAACAACAGCAGCAACUGCAACAACAACAGCAGCAGCAACAGCAGCAACAGCAACAGCACCAUCAGCAGCAGCACUAUCAGCAGCAGCAGCAGCAGAUGGAUUACCUGCUUACGCCCAGUCCAACAAGCCGGCCAGAGACGCCCGCCUUUCCGCUCACGCCACGCACACCAUUCUUCGGCAGCGCCUCGACUCCCCAGCAUGCCUCGCCCAACAGCAACAGCAACAUCAACAGCGAGUCCAUUUAUCAGACAAUUGCCAGCAGGCAGCAACUCAAUUCGGGACAUUCACCCACCUUUGAGGUUGCACCCGAUUUGGUUAAAUUUGCCCGGAACUCGGCAAAGUUUUGGUACAAGUCGCUAUUGUCGCGGGAGGAUGCAAUUGCGCUACUGUUGAAUGCACCGCCGGGCACAUUUGUGGUUCGCGAUUCGACCACGUACAAGAAUGCUUAUGGGCUGGUGUUGCGUGUGGCACAGCCACCGGCAGGCAGUCAAGAGUUGGUGCGUCAUUUCCUCAUCGAGCCGACGCAGCGUGGUGUGCGCUUGAAGGGUUGCGAGAAUGAGCCCACUUUCACCUCACUCUCCGCCCUGAUCUAUGAGCAUUCCAUCAAUAAGCUGGCGUUGCCCUGCCUGCUGCGCAUACCCGAUGCGGAUGUGGUACCUGGUCUGGCUACGCUCACAACGCCCGCCCAGCAACAGUUGCUCGCGCAUGGCGCUGCAACGAAUGUGCUGUGGCUGUUCAGCUGCGAUACGGAAUCGUUGACGGGCAAUGAGGCCAUUAGGAAGGCCAUCCGGCAGCUGUAUAAACAGCAACCGUUGCCAACGCCCACCGUGGUGCACUUCAAAGUCAGUGGCGAGGGUAUCACGCUAACGGACAAUACGCGAAAGAAGUUCUUCCGCAAACACUAUACGGCCGAUGUGAUCUCGCAUUGUGCCAUCGAUCCGGAGAAUCGCAUGUGGAGUUCACCCGAUGAUCCCAACAGCAAGAAGACCAUCUUUGCCUUUGUCGCCCGCAGAUCGCACAGCUCCAAGGACAACCAGUGUCAUAUCUUCUCCGAUCUGUCCGUUGCCCAACCGGCUGUGACCAUUGUCUCAUUUGUCAAUCGAACGCUGCCCACCGAAAAGCAGCGCAACUAUGUCCUUUGAGGAGCGGCCAGGACAUUGAAAAUGGGGAAGGACCCCCAAGGCAAAGCUUGGAAGUGAACGAAAAUGAAACGCAGCAAUUGAAAAAUAAAUAUAGAAAACAAAUACAUAUAUUAACAAUAUGAUGUCAGUUAAUAUUCGUGUGGCACUCACUCACACACACUUGAAUUAUCUAAACGCACAGUGGAACAAAGCAGCAUGGAAAUGUUUAUAAGAUAUUGGAAUGUUUUUCAAAUUUGUGUAAAAGUUAAGCACUUUUUAUUUUUAUUAAUCACACAUAGUCAUAAGAAAUAUGGUCAUAUAUAUAUACAUAUAUAUACUAGUAACAAUUUAUUAAAAAAAAUAACUAUGUUGUAUGUGCUAAUAAGAUAAUGUAUAUCAAUAAAUUAUUCAGUGCUUAUUUGUCCUUAACAUUGUACAUAUUAUAUGUAUGCUAACUAUAAGAAAAAUAAAUAGUAAAAAUUGGUAAAUGUUUUUUCGAUAAGCUUAAGUACUUCCUUAACCGAAUCCAACACAUUCAGCUCAGAAAACAUUUCAGCUAAAUAUUAAAUAUUUAUCAAGAAUUGUGUCUCUUUGUUCCACUGUGCAGUGAACGAAAUUUGAUACCUGAAUAGUUGUGCACUUUAACAACUAAAAACAUAAUAAUAAAAAAAAACUGAAUGCCAUGUGUGUAUAUA